AAAUGAGUCAUGCGGAAUACAACUCUCUAUAGGAAGUGUUCUCCAUCUUGCUUGCGUUUAUUUUACAAGUUCUCGGUUGUCGAGAGCCCACGGCGCAUAAUUCCUUAAUUGUCAUUGUAUAAUAUCGCUUUAUCUAAUUUCAAUCCAUUAAAUGACAAUGGAUGAUAGGAAGUGAAGAGAGAGAAGGAUGAAGCCCGUUCCUUUGUAGCGGCGAUAUUUCGUCUCUGACAUCGGCCGCCAAAUGAGCGCCUGCAGAGAAGGGUGUCGAAGGGCAUUUCGGGGAAUCCUACAUAUUCCCGGUUGCAAAACCAUAUGUUUUAAAUGUGUUCUGUUGCCUUGCUACUCGAAUACCGAUAGUGACGACGAAAAAGACAAAGACGAUGAAGGCUAUGAUAGCUAUGGAAAUACAGAAACUCAUGGGCCCCCGGCUCAGGAGAGUGGCCAUGACACAUCCGGGUACUCGGACCAAUUGACGCAUCGCGAUUACGUCAACAGCGUCCAGUAUACCAACAUUGAAAUUUCAGAAACGGUUCAAGCACAAAGUUCGGACAACGUUUAUGUCCCUAUGCAGCUAGAAUCUCUUGACCACCUUAGGACAACACAAAACUUAGAUACCAGUCAAAAUAAUCAGAUCUCAAAUAAUGAGCUGAUGACUUGUAAAUUGAAAGUUGAUUGUCCAAACCCGUCAUAUGUGAAUGUUCCCGAGUCAAGUCCGUCACUGAUAAGGACAGACGAACAUACGGUUAAUGAAAAAAGCAUUCAUGUAUCAAGUGUUGAUGUUCACGUGGAAGAAGAGGUAGAUUCAAAGAACAAGGAUAAGUCCAAACAGCAUUCCAAGUUGGCAGCGAAUCAGGGAUCCUCUGGCAAACGGGCCUCUUCAGACGAAGAGGGAGCAAAGACAGACAUACCACCCAAAUGUCGAACCACGAUAGAAGAAAUUCAUGGACCAUCAGAAAAGAAAAUGGUGCUCCUAGAAACAGAUUUAUGAUGUUAUUUCUUUUCUUGGUUCUUGAAUGUUCAAUGAUUUAAAUGCGUCGUAAAUGUGCCAUAUAUUUUUAUUAAAAUUUUAAGGGUGUUAAAUUUUAACACUAGUAUACAAUACGCAAUUGUGGAUAUGGUAUGCUUGUAUUUUAUUUUUUAUUAAACUACUUAACUUUC